CAGAUCCACCUCAGACCCCCCACCGGAGGCGCGUCUUUGCCACACCUCGGGCUCCCUCUCCGCUGGCUCCCCCCCGGACGCCAAGCAACCUUCGCUCUUCCUUCUGUCUCACCCCGCUCCCUCCUCCCCUAACCCCGUCCUUCUCCCUCUCUUUACCAUCCCUCCCUCCUUCAUCUCCGCGAGCCCAUCCUGGGAAGAAGAGCUCUUGGGGGGGACUCCCGUAUCGCAGCCCCGGCGUUGGGAAGGGACUCUCCCUCACGCCCUUUCCGUCCUCCCUCGAUCCGAAGCAGCGCCCCCUCCCCACCAGUGCCCUCCCACACCUCCCGGGGGUCAGAACCAUGGCGGCUGGAGGCAACCGGGGGUCCCAGGCGUCCACCUUCGUCCGGUGCUUCGGGGGCGCCCUGCUGCUGCUGCUGAGCCUCCGCUGCCUGUCGGUGACGGCUGACGGAAAACUCUUUGUGUUGGAAUCCUGGAAUGGCUCUCAGGGCCUGGAUCUGCCUAUGGCUCAGGCCUCCUGUGAGGCUUCGGGCGCUCACCUCGCCACAGCGGCGGAGCUGCGCCGAGCCGUGCUGGAAUGUUCCUUUGCCACGUGCACCACAGGCUGGCUGGCAGAUGGCACCGUCGGGACAACGGUGUGCGGCAAGAUAAGUGGGGAGCAGCAGAGUCUGAAAGCUGUGGAUGUGAAAAUUGAAAGUGAGCUGAUUCCUGGCAACAAAUAUGAUGCCCUUUGUGUCAAGGAUGAAGAUAAACCAUGUGGGGAUCCCCCUUCCUUCCCUCACACCAUCCUACAUGGCCACACUGGAUUUGAGAUGGGAGAUGAGCUGCUGUAUGUCUGUGCUCAGGGCUACGUCAUGGGUCACAAGGAAACUGCCUUCACUUUGCUCUGUGACAGCUGUGGGGAAUGGUAUGGACUGGUACAGGCCUGUGUGAAAGAUGAAGCUGAGACACAUAUUGACUAUGAAGAGAAUUUCCCUGAUGACCGAUCAGUGCCAUUCACAGAUCACAAGAAGGAUCAAAAGAAGGAGGAAAAGAAGGAGAGCGGGAGCCAGGAGGAAUCCUCCGAAAAACUAAAACAGGGUUAUUCCAUCUCUGUUUCUCUAGGAAGAGAAAGCAUGGCUGGCAACAAAGACAUAAAGACGAGGGGCCUGCCUGGAGGAGAAGGCAGAGCUCCCACAGAAUCUCCAGUCUCUUUGUUGAGCCAGAAACAUUUGUUUUGGUUUCCAGCUGAGGGUUUUCAUGAGCCUGAGUUGGAGAAGGAAAUGAUAGAGGAGAAGGCCCAGAAGCAUUUUUCCGAUGGCGAUAACCAUAUUGGAGUGAAAUCCAGACACCACGAGCCAGGUACCAAAAUGAUCUAUGACAGUGCGGACUUCCCCAUUGGCCCAACACUGGUCAGAAAUGACACCAAAGUUGGGGAGCACAUCGUGAGCAGUAGUGAUGAAUCCUGGUUGGAUGGCUACCCCGUCACCGAUGGGACCAGAGAGGAAGAAGAUGAAGAUGAAGGGGACAAAGGAGAUGGCUCAGUGGGUCUGGAUGAAAGCAUGCUGCUUAUGACUGACCAGCCCAACCACGUAGAAGUAAAAAAAUCCAGCAGUACCAUGUUCACUAUAGGUGAAGAUAUAACCGUCACUCUGAUGAGAACAUUGGACUAUGGUCCAGUGACCUUCACACCUACCACUGCCCCUGAGAAUGUGAGUCCCAGCAAAGGAGUGAGCGAUGUGGUCACAUAUGAGUCCACCGUGCCUUGGGGAUUUGCAACGGACGAAUCUCCGAUGUCCACCUUACUCUAUGACCUCACCAACUCGACCCCAGGGACCAUGACAAUAGCAGAUUCCCAGCCCCUGGACCACAUCCCAUCACCCAGAGAUGCUGAGAGAGAGGCUACCACGCCUCCUCCCGCCCCGACCACCAUGAUGAGCACCCACGAGAGCUUCCCAGACGUGCCCUCUGAGAGAUUCAUGGAGCAGGAGCUUCCCACUUCAAGCGUAAAAGAAGAGCCUCUUCCAACGAACGAGUCUUGUGUGGGCGAGGAUUGCUCAAGUGUCAGCAAAGGUCCGGUGAUUGCCGUCAUAGUAAUCGUCCUGUGUCUGCUGCUGCUGCUGGUGGUGAUCAGCGCCGUGUGGUGCUACAGACGGCGACAGCAGAAGAGCUCUGUGUAUAAGUUGAACGGCAAAGGUCAGACACGGCACUAUCACCAGCAGAUUGAGAUGCAGAAGGUCUAACUGCCAUCGAGGCACUUGGCCCUUCAGAAGCUGGUGGAAAGGACCAUCAAACUCACCUGUGAACCGGGACAGUUCUAUUGGGUGUGCCUUGGGUGGGCAAGGAAAAUGGCUGACUCACCCAAAAGAAGAACACCUGACUAAACUGACAUUUUGAUGUUCCUUUCAAAGACCCUGAGGGACUCCGCAGUGAAUAGUAGAACUUAAGAUGUUCCAUCUUCUAUUUCUCUGUUGCUUUCGGCAAAUGCAAAGGAGAAAGCAAAUCCUGGCUGGCAAUGCUAUUAUUAUCUUUCCCGUGACAUUCUUCACCAAUAAAAAGCCUCUGUUUUUGCCCUCGUUCCCAAAUUGAAGGAAAACAUCCCUGUUUGGAUUGAUCAUCCUGUCUUUCCUUAAAAAGAAAAAAAAAGUAAUUGGCCCCAUCUUUCAAAUUGAUGAGAUAGAUGACAUUAAUGAGCCAGAAUUUUGAGGCCCGUGUUAUCUAGAAUCCAGAUAUCUUAUUGCCAAAUAGGGGACUGGAAAGAUUUAUCAUGCUAUUGCCUUAUUAUUUUGCGGUGUUGCCCAGAGAGAAUAAAUUAGCUCAAUUUGGAGCCUUUGGCUCUGGGAUGGCAUAUCUAAAAAUUGCAAAGCAAAGGAGUUUUCGCGACUUUCAGGGGUGUGAAUGUGAAGGAGAGUACCCUUCCUGACCCUGAGACAAAGACUUGACUCUAUUCUUUAUUUUGUGGUGUCAGCUACAAGCUAAACAGCUCAACUCCCUUUGCAGAGCAAUGACCUAGUUGUUCUUGGACAUGAGAGCUCAGUGCCAUCUCCAUCUCGUUGAAAAGGAUGGUAGAAACCAGUCACUGGCACUCCUUGCCACAGAGGCACUUCUUUACCCUGAAUCUGGGAGACGGACUUAUGAAAAAGGGCAGGGGAAACGUAAAGGGGGAAGGAAGGAAGGUAGCCAGUGUGGCUGCUUCCUUGAUAGCAGAGGGGCUGAGGAUUUUGAUACGGUCACAAUUGGGAGCUCUACCCAACCAGGUACUUUGGUCUUGCUUUCCAUAGCCCAUUCUGAAACACUAAACCAGGCAUCUUUUGGGAAGCGCAAUAUUUCUGGCAAAGAAGAAAUGAAUUCAAAUAUAGACACGAGAGAUCAGAUGAUGAAACAGAUGUACAUAAAAGACAUUUUCUUCUCUCUUUCUAAAACCUAUUUGUUUUGUUUCACAAGAAACCAGCACAUGCAUUAGUGGCAGCAUGGGGGAGCUGCCUAAAAGCCAUGCUUGUCCUUUACAACAGAUUGUUGCCAUUGUGGCCAAUAAACCCAUCAGCCUUUUCCAACAUGAAUAACCUAAUUAGAAAUAACUUUCAAUGGUAAAUGGUUGGGAUGUGGGGGUGGAGGGAGGAAAAGAGUGAAUAAAGGAGUCAAGAUUUCCUACAACACUGGGCUCCUUUAUGGAGUUGCAAAAUCAACCUUUAGCAUUUUGCUUAAAACAUUUUUAAAAAGAAACGUGAAACUUGUCUACUCUUUUACUAGAUCAGCUCUUUGGGGUGCAAGCUUUGUAAAGAGAACAAUAGAUCAGUUAGCUGAUCAGAUAAAUUACAAGGACAAUCUAGCAUAUCCUCCUUCCGUGGAACCUAUUUAGUCACCAUCAGUAGAUAAGCCUAAGAGCCCAGCUGGAAAACUAUAAAUGAGAACAAAUUUGGAAUGAUGGGAAUGAAGUCUAGUUUUGCUGGAUGGGUAUAGCCAAAGCAAAAACAAAACAAAAUAAUAAAAACUGGAAACUGUACAAAUUUGUAAAUAUUUUUCCCUAAUAUACUUCAAAAUAACCUUUAUGCUUUCAGUGAAUUCAAGAAUGCAAAAUAACCUCUGUCUCAACAUUAGAAUUGCCAUUGUAGACUAUUUUUAAGCAGUAGCUGAAAAAUACUGAAUUUACACUAACCCAUUUAAUGAAUAAUGUGACCACGUAACUGAAAAGUACAUACUAUGUCUCAUCUGUGUGGAAAUAUACUGCAAAAUAAAUACAAAACCAUUGGUAUUUAAGCUUUUAUUUGAUUUGGCUUAUCUCCACUGAUGUUUGAAAUUCACAAGUUCAUGAAGGAUGGGAAUGGCUAAAAUCUGCAGUCUUGGGAAAUGAACAUAUGUGAUGCUUUAUGUAAAGGAAAAUACAAAUGGCCUAAGGUUUCAUUAGUACAAAGCUUCAGAGACCCUCCAAAUAAAGAAGAAAAAAAAAAGAUAGCUUAAAAAAUGGUGCCGUUAAUGGUCCAUUGCUAGACUUCAACCAUCAUAUUAAGCUCUAGUGAAUAAAAGAGAUGCUCUUAAGAUCAAUAAAUACUGAAUUUAUUCAGAAAGGAUUGGCAGUAGGACAUCAGCACACAGCUGAAGAUUUAAAUGGAUCCUUGCAUAUAUCUUUUUUUAAAAAGUACAGGCAAUUCUUUAUUGCAUAUUGUUUUAGAAAAUAAAACUACUGGGUACCAGGGGAGGGGAGAGAAACUUGGUGGUCAACAUAAAUAUUAAGACAAAAUGGAGGAGAGAGUAUCUUCAUGGUGACUAAUGUAGAAUUUUGAAGUAAAUUACAUAUAUUGUUCAAAGUCAUUUCUUCAGGAGAGCACAGAUCUACUCUUCUCUGCAAAGAAGAUCAGAUUUAUUAACCUAAAUUCCUUGGACCAAAAUUUGGGUCUAAGAACCAACUAAAAGGUCAAAGAUCAUUAAAGCCAGUGAACCAACAUGAAAUUGGUCAAUAUUUCUUUAUUAUAAAGGACUCUACAUGUUAGACCUUUGGACAGAUUGUGACAAAACAAGACUAGAGACUAUUACUGAUAGCACAGUGCUGCAUAAUAUGCACCUUUUCCCUUUUCCUUUUCUUCUCUCUUCAUUUUAUCUCCCUCUUCUAUUCCUUACUUCCUCUCUUUUCUUUUUUCUUUUCCCUUUUUUUCUCUUGCCUCUGCCUUAGACCUAUCAGUGAAACCUGUAAACAUGUCUCAGUCUAGGAAUUAACAGUCAGAACCAAACAUAGUUUCAAUUCAUGUAUCAGACAAUGAUAAUAAAGUUAGCUUAUAUUUUUAGGGCGCUUUAAAGUUUAUAAAGGUCUCUACAUACAUUAUCUUGAUUCUCACAACAGAAUUUUAAUAAUAUUACUAUCAUCAAUCCCAUUUUACAGAGGAGGAAACUGAGAUCUCUGAGAAGUCAAGGAAAUUACCCCAAAUUACACAUCAAGUAAGUGGAAUAAUGGGUUCAUACUCAUGUCUUUUGAUUUGAUUUGACUAAUAUACAAAGACAUUAGCACAAGACAUCACUAUUUAGCUAUAUCUAUCAAAGUUAGUUUGGAAUAUAGAAAAUAAUAGGUAGUUGAUAAAUGUUUAUUGAGUUGAACUGAAAUUUUUCCAAAAUUACCUUCUUUAUGGAAGAAUCUUUCUAGAGUUGAUCUUACCUUCUGGAGAGAGCAAAUGGUGCAAUGGAUAGAGUGCUGGGC